GAUAACAAUGAAGUACUACAGCCAGAUAUCUUAAAUAUAUAUUCAAAUAUAUACAAACAGAAAAGAAAACAAAAACAACAAUUCAAAAAUAAAACUUAACAUAAUUGAUUAACAUUAUCAAAAUGCGGAAACUCUUGCUGCUCUGCCUCAUUGGAAUCUCAUGUUUUCAUUACAAUCAAGCAUUGCCCCGUCCACAAAGUCACCUCGAGGGUAAUGACAUACCCUAUACUUGUGGCGGCGAGUUUGGUGUGCCGCUUAUAACGCCCUGCAAGGACUCCCUUAAACUACAAGUUGGCACAACAUACACUCUGCAAUGUGAGGCCAGCGAACCCAUCGAAUGGUGGAGCAGCCACGACGGAUUGAAACAAGGUGAACCCUUUGAGAACAUUGAAGAUCCACAACGUCCAUUUGGCAAUAGGCUCGUAUUGGAGGAGGUCACAGUCGAUAAUGUGUCCGCCUAUUAUUGCAUCAAAUCCUCGUCGGCGCCCGAUCAGAUGAACUGGUCGGAGGAGGAGCUCGUCAGUUUGGUCAACGAAGACGAGGCCAGCACCAUUUAUGUGUUUGUGAAUGACACGAAAAAUUUGCUGGUAGCGCAGGAGCCAAUCAUUUAUGCUCGGCAAUACUCUGAGGUGAUAAUACCCUGUAAGCCAACCAUGCCCGAGACGGAGGUGAUGCUAACGUUCAACGGUGAAACAUUUUCCAGUGAGAAUACCGGUCGAUAUGAUCCGAAACGAGGUUUUGUUAUCGAAAUACGCAGCGUUACCGAUGGCGGUGAAUAUUAUUGCGAGCCCAAAAUCCCCUCGCCGGAUAAUGAAGAGGAAAGCACGCUCAUUGUUGUGCGCUUUAUUGGUAACGGUCAUAUUGAUACAUUCGGAUUGGACAAAAAUACUUUGGUGCAGACUGAGAUGUUAACUAACAUAACGCACGACGAUUUAAAGGUUAUGAUUCUCGCCGAUGAGUCCAUCAAUGUUACUAACAGAGCCAACGAUAUCGUUGCAAUAACAAAUGGUGCUGGGCAUGUUGAUAGCGAUAUCGAUAGCGAUAACGAUAUCCAUGUCGAUAUCGAUAUUGAUAUUCAGAACGAUACCGAUAACACGGUAGCCUAUGAUAUCCCCGACUUUGACUUUGACUCAUCCUCGUUAACAUCAUCCUCGCCCUACUCCUCAUCAUCGUCGUCUGCCCCGCAGCGUCCUAAGCGCAGCUACACGAUGUUGGCCCCGAUGAAACCUUUGCCCUCAAGGCAACCAAAAGGGCAAGCGAGCGAUCGCCUCAACAAGCCCGUCAUCACCUCAACGUCUCGUGGCUAUGUCUACGAGGGUGAAACAUUUGAGCUGGUCUGCGAGCUGUCUGCCCCGCACGGCGUUGUCUACGAUAUGCAGUGGAUUAUUCCGGAAAAAGUGGACAAGCUCCGCUAUACCAACACCACUCCGAAAUUUGACGAUAAUGUGAAGAAUCACACCUAUCAGGUGGGCCGCAGUACCAUGACCGUGCGAGAUGCCAAGCUUACUGAUAACGGUGUCUACAAGUGUGUCGUGCGCGACUCACAUGUCACGCAGUUCGGCUCCUACGGGAUGCAUGUUAUGCAGCCGAACUCCAGCUAUCUGAAAGUGUCAGAGCCCUCCAAACACUAUACAGUGCUCGAGCAUGCGAACCGCACUAUACAAAUGACGGCCAACUUUGAGGGCUUUCCGCAGCCCACAUUCAAGUGGUACAAACCGAAUGGCAUUGAGGUCUGGGACACCGAACCGAACUUCAAGAUCCUCGCAACAGAGUCCAGCACAACGCUGAAAAUACUUAACGCACAGCUCGAGGACAGCGGCACCUAUACGCUGAAAGGAACGAAUGGAGUGGAUGCCAAGCAGCUGGACUUUAAUGUUAGCGUCAUCUCGGGACCUGUUCUCAGCAUGAAUGAUGUCUAUGUGGUGGCUGGCGAGGAAGCACAUCUCAACUGCAGCGUCAAAGCCUAUCCACCUGCUGUUGUCACAUUUAUGUUCAAGGCCUGUCGCCUAAAGCCGCGCUGGCCCGAGUGUGAGCAAGCAUCGCAAAACUUUAGUUCCAAAGAGGUCCAGGAAAUAUAUCAGUAUAAGACAAACACUCGUCCGGGCCAGUUGAGUAUCGAGAAUAUACACGAGGCGAUCUUUACGCCGGAUAAACCAGGAAUUAUCAUAUGCGUCGCUCAGAAUCUAAUCGACAAUAAGCCGAUGACAUCACAAACCCGGGCACAUGUGUUUCUGGGCAACGUUGCACAGAACAUUAGUAUAUCUGGCCUGGAUCCAAACCGUAAGAUAGCCAAGGGUGAUGAGGAGACGUUCACCUGCUCUGCUCUGGCCUAUCACUUCGAUGGCAAUCUGGAAUGGUAUCACGAUGGAGAGCAAGUGGUGGCCAGUCCAGGUAUUGAGGUGGAGAUGAACACCACGGAAUAUUCGUAUACGAAGACACUGAAGUUCCAUGCCAUAGCCGACCAGGAUCGCGGCACGUACGAAUGCCGUGCGCAUUAUAUCAAUAAUCCAGAUCUGUACGAUAGUCGUGAGAUCGAUGUCUACGUACACGAUCCAAAAGCUCCCCAAUGGUCGUACACAAAUCUCAAUGCCAACUCUAAGAUCGAACGAAAUUUGGGCGAUUCCCUGAUCCUCGAGUGCAAAUCGAAAGCAGUGCCACAGGCAAAGGUCUACUGGUACAAGGACGAUGUCGAGCUAUUCGAGACGAAUCGCACACACAUUGUCGAGGAUGGCACCAAGCUAUUGAUACCCCAUCUGUAUCCCUCGCACGAUGGCAACUACCGCUGUGUGGUCUCCAAUCGCUUGGGCAGCAUCGAAAACUCGGUCAAGGUCAUCAUUGCUAAUAUGCCUGGCAUGAGCAAAGCUUGGAUUUGGUUCACUGUCAUCUUCUUUUUGAUUCUGAUUGCCCUCUGCAUUUUCCUGGGCAUACGCUAUCGACAGGAGCGCCGGCAUCAUUUGGCCUUGAAGGCCGCUGGACUAGCCAACUUUGUUGAGGGCGAUGUGGAGCAGAUCAACCCGGCUCUGUCGCUGGAUGAGCAAGCGGAACUGCUGCCCUAUGACUCUAAAUUUGAGUUUGCGCGUGAAAAAUUAAAGCUGGGCAAGCAGCUGGGAGCUGGCGCCUUUGGCGUCGUGCUGAAGGGCGAGGCGGAGGGCAUACGAAAUGAUGAACCAGUCACCACGGUGGCCGUCAAAAUGGUGAAACGCACGGCAGAUGCGGAAGUGGUGCGCGCCCUGGUCUCUGAGCUAAAGAUUAUGGUCUAUCUGGGACAGCAUUUGAAUGUUGUGAAUCUCUUGGGCGCUGUUACCAAAAACAUAGCAAAGCGUGAACUGAUGGUCAUCGUGGAGUAUUGUCGCUUUGGAAAUGUACAAAACUUUUUGCUGCGCAAUCGCAAGUGCUUUAUCAAUCAGAUUAAUCCUAUUAACGAUCGCAUCGAUCCUACCAUCAUGACGCAACGAAUCUCAGACAACUUCGAUCUGCACCGUGAUGGUGGUGUUGGUGGUGGUGUUAGUGGUGGCUUGAAAUAUGCUAACGUCGGUUUCCCGAACCAUCCAUAUAUCAAUCACAUGAACUCCGUAAACAACAACUAUACGCACCAUAAUCGCAGAAACUCCGACAACGAUCCACGCUCGGGCACACGUGCCGGCCGCACUGUAACAGGUGGCUCCACCUACGAUCGUCAAAUGGACACCUGUGCCACAGAGGCAACUGUGAUGACCACAGUUCCAGAGGAUGAUCACGUCAUGUCCAAUAAUUCAAUUCAACCCGCCUGGCGUUCAAACUAUAAAACAGACUCCACCGAAGCGAUGUCUGUGACCACCACCGACCUGAUUAGUUGGGCCUUCCAGGUGGCUCGCGGCAUGGAUUACCUCUCCUCGAAGAAGGUGCUCCAUGGCGAUCUUGCAGCACGUAAUAUUCUGCUCUGUGAAGAUAAUGUGGUCAAGAUUUGUGACUUUGGUCUGGCACGUUCCAUGUACAGAGGAGAUAACUAUAAGAAACAAGAGAGCGGUAAAUUGCCCAUCAAAUGGUUGGCGUUGGAAUCGCUCAGCGAUCAUGUCUUUAGCACCUACAGCGAUGUCUGGUCCUUUGGCAUUGUGCUCUGGGAGCUAUUUUCGCUAUCGAAGGUGCCCUAUCCAGGCAUCGAUCCCAAUCAGGAGCUGUUCAACAAGCUAAACGAUGGCUAUCGCAUGGAGAAGCCGCCCUAUGCCAAUCAGGAGAUCUACGAAAUAAUGCUCGAGUGUUGGAGAAAGAGUCCCGAAAGUCGACCUUUGUUCAAUGUAUUGGAAAGACGUUUUGCCGACAUGCUAGGCGAGGAUGUGGCCAAUCAUUAUCUUGACCUUAAUGAUCCCUAUAUGCGCUCAAAUACAGAAUAUAUGAAAAACCGGCCCACCGACUAUUUGUCACUGAUGGGCGCGCCGGACGACUUUGCUCCAGCGGCGCCACGCUAUGUCAAUGGACACAUAGUGCCAAAGAUAAGAAUUGAAGAAUCAUCCGAUGAUUAUCUACAAAUGAAUACAGAGAACAGCACCGCCAUCUUUUCACCCACGCGCCCCAAAGGCGAUGCCGACUUAGCCGAUUUGCCAGCCAUAGACACAAACGAAACCUCUUUCACGUUCCCAGAUACUAAUCGCACAGUGGGCCAACAGCAUUCGCCAACGCUGGCGAACAAUAUGGACAGUAGUAUAAAUAAGCCGGUGCGGCGCAAGAACGGAUUGCCGACAACAGUGGAUGCAGCUGAUCGGGCACCCGAGGAGAUACCCAUGCUGCAUCGCGUCUCCACAUCGGAUGGCGAGGAACGGAACAGUCCGGAGCAAUCGCGAAGAUUUCCCCAACAGUAUGUGAAUGCCACGCCCACGCCCUCGCCGCGACAUCACAUCGAGACUGCGCUGAAUGGCAGCAGCGGCGACAACUACGUUAAUGUAAAGCCGCCGCGCAAGAAUCUGCCGAACAAAUCAGCAGGAGGCAGCACAGACGCCUUCUCCAAUCCCAGCUACCAGCCGUUGAAUGUGGUAAACGAGAAAGAAGAGCGGAGAUAUUAAAACCAAGCAUAGCAUAU